CUACGGAGGACAGCUAUCCUACAAAAGUAUGCACUUGACUCCUUUCACUUUGAGUGCUUUACUCGCCUCCUUCCACAAGGUUGAACUGCUCAAUCUGAACGGCCUGCAGAUAGUGGAGAUCGAUACGAACGCGUUCGCUUACGCGCACACAAUACAGAAGCUGUACAUGAGAUUCAAUGUGAUUCGAUAUUUGCCACCGCACGUGUUUCAGAACGUCCCACUGCUCACGGUGCUUAUGCUGGACCGGAACGAUUUAUCCAGCCUGCCACGCGGAAUCUUCCACAACACACCCAAGCUCACCAUGCUGUCGAUGUCAAACAACAACCUGGAGCGCAUCGAAGACGAAACUUUCCAAGCGACUACAGCGCUUCAAAAUCUUCAACUGUCCAGCAACAGGCUUACGCAUGUUGACCUUGCUCUCAUUCCCAGUCUCUUCCACGUCAACGUCAGUUACAACCUGCUCUCAACGCUUGCCAUACCGAUCGCGGUCGAAGAACUAGACGCAUCGCACAAUAGCAUCAACGUCGUACGCGGGCCCGUCAACGUGGAGUUGACCAUUCUGAAGCUGCAACACAACAACUUGACUGACACUGCCUGGCUGCUGAAUUAUCCUGGACUGACCGACGUGGAUCUUUCCUACAACCAGUUGGAGAUAAUAACGAUCCACCACUUUGUCACCAUACAGCGCUUGGAGCGUCUGUACGUCUCCAACAACCGCCUUGUAGCGCUCGACUUUUACGGCCGACCCAUCCCAACGCUCAAAGUGCUCGAUCUAUCGCACAACCAUUUGAUGUGGGUGGAACAUAAUCAGGCGCAGUUUGAUAAACUUCAGUACCUUUAUCUCGACCACAACUCCAUCGUGACCUUUAAGCUUAGCACCAGUCAUACGCUAAAGAAUCUUACACUAUCGCAUAAUGACUGGGAUUGUAACAGUUUACGUGCACUUUUCAGAAACGUAGCCCAACCUGCAGUACACGAUGCUGACCAGCACUGCAAGAUCGACUAUCACCUAGAGCAUGGUCUCUGCUGCAAAGAAAGUGACAAGCCGUAUCUGGACCGGCUAUUACAGUACAUCGCCCUGACGAGCGUGGCGGAAAAGUUGCAGCGUACACAGGAACGCUGCAGUACCGCAGAUGCCAUCAACAGCCUGCAGAGUCUGUACCACUUCAUCAAACAGCAGGGUGGUGUGCCACUGCAGGGUAACGAACAGCUCGAGGCCGAAGUCAACGAGCUGAGGGCUGAGGUGCAGCAGCUAACCAACGAGCAGAUACAACAGGAGCAGCUGCUGCAGGGGCUACACGCCGAGAUCGAUACCAAUCUGCGACGGUACCGCCUGUCCAAGGAUGAACUAGCGCGCCCGAGCGAAAAUCUAAAUAAAGUGUUUACCCAUCUCAAGGAGCGGCACGCGUUUAAGUUGCGCGAAACGCAGGCACGCCGCACGGAAGCGGAUGCUAAGCAGAAGGAAACGGAGGACCUGGAACAGGAAAACAUUGCACUCGAGAAGCAGUUGGAUAAUAAGAAUACAAUGCAGAUUCUGCUGAGACAGCUGACGUUGCUGAAGCGUCAACAAAUAAAGCAAUUACUCGCAAAGCUCAGCAAACACAGACCCAUCGCAAGCGAGGCCGGUAAGUGUAUCGAAUCGCCGUUACCGAUCCAGUUCGUGACGCUCGAGCCAGUGCGCCGGUACGGUGAGACGAAGACCGGCAAGUACCAGCUCGGACCACCGUUUGCGCUCAUGCUGGCCAGCUGGCCAGCUUCCCUUCCCACACUGGGUGACUGUCGCCGGGGCCACCGGAUCGACCCGUGGGCAACUGCUACCCACCCAGUAACAUGCCCGUGCUUCAGCCGAGCAGACGCGCGCGAACCGAGUGAAGCGAUGCAGCCGUACUUGGUGGACCAACGGCGAUCGGGCGUACUGCACCGGUGGGUACCGCUGGUGCUGCUCGUGUUCGGUGCGAAACUGUCCCUCGAGAUGGCCCGCGGCGAGAUAGUGAUCUGUAACUACGAAAAGUUCCACCUGUUCGACAGCAUGUACCGGCCGCGGACGGACAACUUCUGCGUGUUUAACGACGUGUACCUCGGCAGUGACGUGAAGGGGGCCGACUUUCUGGCCAGCAGCCUCGACUAUCGGCGGGUCGCGUUCGCCAACUCCAAGUUCCCGCAGGUGCCGCCGUCGCUGUUCAAGAACUUUGACGACAUCCGGGAGCUGUACGUGCGGCGGUGCUCGCUCGAGUCGCUCAAGAUUACCCGCCUGCUCGAGAAGGUGUACGCCGGGGGCAAUCGGAUCGCGAGCGUGCAGCUAGAUGGGAAUGCGUCCAACAGCUUGCGCGAGCUGUACCUGGACGGCAACCGGCUGCAGGGGCUCGCCAACCUGACCAACCUGCCCGCGCUCGAGGUGCUCGUGCUGGAGAACAAUCCGCUGCUCGGCAAUGUGGACUUCGGUCAGUUCGGCCGGAUGGAGCGGCUGUGGAAGCUCGACCUCGAGCGGAUCGGCAUGAGCCGGAUCAGCAACGGGCUGAAGCGACCGCUGGCCGAGCUGCGCCGGCUCGACCUGUCGAACAAUGCGCUCACCUACGUGCACGUGCGCAUGUUCCGGACGUUUCCGAAGCUGGAGCAUCUGUGGCUGCACGGCAACCGGCUGUACUACAUGGAGGCGGACCAGGUGCGCACGGUGAUGCCGUCCAUCCGCAGCAUCGUCAUCGACGACAACCGGUGGGGCUGCGGGCAUUUGGCGGCGCUCGGCAAGCAGCUGCGCGAUCGGGGCAUCAUCAUCCGGCACGGCGACUGCCGGGCGGAGCGGGCCGUCCAUCGCGUAUGCUGCUCGGACGAGACGGACGUGGUCGACAUGCGGUACCUGAUCGAGAUGGGCAUCCGACACGAGACGCACUUCCAGCAGGAGGUGCGCGAGCUGCGGGCGGAAAACGAUAUGCUGCGGCGAGAUUUGGAGCGACUCGGCAGCCGGCUCGGAGAGCUGAUGGCGAACCUUUCGCGGCCUGCUGAGGCAGUGGUAGUGCAGAGCGGGACAGAGGAAACGGUGGAUGGACAAGAAUCGGGCGAGCAUCCGGAAGGUAAUGACGCUACUGCUUCGUUCGAGGAAUAUGACGAAGAGGCAGGGAACGAAAAGAAUGAUUGCUCAGUUUCAAUCCAUCGUUCGAGGAAGAAACACAGUUUUCGAGCAUUGAGUACCACAAUGUGCUGGUUACACGCCGUAUCACUAAUCAGUGUGAUUUUCUUCACAUGUGGUAGUGUUGCAGCUGUUGGGGGCAAUAAUUAUUGGUAUACGGAAGAGCAGCCUGUUGCGACCACCAAACCUUCUUUCCAUGUGAACGGAUACAACAUCUACGGAAGUCAGCCAGCCAACGGUGGUCUGCCAGCCACAACCUACACACAAGGUCACACAACCUACACAAGAGACACAAACUUCGGAGGUCAGUCAGCCAACGGAGGUUUGCCGGCCAACGGAGGUCUUCCAGCCAACGGAGGACUUCCAGCCAACGGAGGUCUGCCAGCCAACAGAGGGCAGCUGCCGUACGGAACUCCAACCCAUAUAGGUCAAACAAUCUACAGAAGUCAGCCAAAAUACGGAGGUCAGCAACGCUAUAACGUAAGACCACGACAGCCCGAAUACAAAUGCAUUGAGGGUAAUCUGCAGUACGACUGUGUGUUCUACGAUGUGCACAUUGACAUGCAAACGCAAGACGUAUACUUUGGCUUUGAGGAUAUGACACUAAACAACCAGAAGAAUGUUACCUUCAAAAACUCUACCAUGCGCAAACUGCCCGCUGCUUUACUCGCCUCCUUCCGCCAGGUUGAGCUGCUCAAUCUGAAUGACCUGCAGAUAGAGGAGAUCGAUACGAACGCGUUCGCUUACGCGCACACAAUUCAGAAGCUGUACAUGGGAUUCAAUGCGAUUCGAUAUUUGCCACCGUACGUGUUUCAGAACGUCCCACUGCUCACGGUGCUUGUGCUGGAACGGAACGAUUUAAUCAGCCUGCCACGCGGAAUCUUCCACAACACACCCAAGCUCAGCAUGCUGGCGAUGUCGAACAACAACCUGGAACGCAUCGAAGACGACACUUUCCAAGCGACUACAGAGCUUCAAAAUCUUCAACUGUCCAGCAACAGGCUUACGCAUGUUGACCUUGCUCUCAUUCCCAGUCUCUUCCACGUCAACGUCAGUUACAACCUGCUCUCAACGCUUGCCAUACCGAUCGCGGUCGAAGAACUAGACGCAUCGCACAAUACCAUCAACGUCGUACGCGGGCCCGUCAACGUGGAGUUGACCAUUUUGAAGCUGCAACACAACAACUUGACUGACACUGCCUGGCUGCUGAACUAUCCCGGACUGGUUGACGUGGAUCUUUCCUACAACCAGUUGGAGAAGAUAACUUACCAACACUUUGUCAAAAUGCAGCGCUUGGAGCGACUGUACGUCUCCAACAACCACCUUGUGGCGCUCAAUCUUUACGGUCAACCCAUCCCAACGCUCAAAGUGCUCGAUCUGUCGCACAAUCAUCUGCUGCACGUGGAACGUAACCAGCCGCAGUUUGAUAGGGUGGAGUACCUUUACCUUGACCACAACUCCAUCGUGACCCUUAAGCUUAGCACCAGUCAUACGCUAAAGAAUCUUACACUAUCGCAUAAUGACUGGGAUUGUAACAGUUUACGUGCACUUUUCAGAAACGUAGCCCAUUCUGCAGUACACGAUGCUGACCAGCACUGCAAGAUCGACUAUCAACUCGAGCAUGGUCUGUGUUGCAAAGAAAGUGACAAGCCGUACCUGGACCGGCUAUUACAGUACAUCGCCCUGACAAGCGUGGCGGAAAAGUUGCAGCGUGCACAAGGACGCUGCAGUGCCACAGAUGCCAUCAACAGCGUGCAAAGUCUGUCCCACUACAUCACACAGCAGGGUGAUGUGCCACUGCAGGGUAACGAACAGCUCGAGGCCGAAGUCAACGAGCUGAGGGCUGAGGUGCAGCAGCUUACCAACGAGCAGAUACAACAGGAGCAGCUGCUGCAGGGGCUACACGGCGAGAUUGAUACCAAUCUGCGACGGUUCCGCCUGCCCAAGGAUGGACUAGCACGCCCAAGCGAUAAUCUAAAUAAAGUGUUCACCCAUCUGAAAGAGCGGCACGCGUUUAAGUUGCGCGAAACGCAGGCACGCCGCACGGAGGCGGAUGCUAAGCAGAAGGAAACGGAGGACCUGGAACAGGAAAACAUUGCGCUCGAGAAGCAGUUGGAUAAUAAGAAGGCAAAGCAGGCUGAGUUGAGACAGGAGACGUCGCAGAAGCGCCAAAAAGUGAAGCAAUUAGAGGCCAAGAAGAACCGCAAUCCAGAUACGCGUCGCGUUACAAAGUAGUAUGCAGAGCACCUGUGUGUGUAUGAUUUUACUUGGUCCAAGCAUGUAACAGAAAUAUUUCGAAUGCCAUUUUUACAAAAUAAAAAGACAUAACUUUUCAGUUGCAAA